AUGGAAACAUUAGGAUUCUUAAAAUCUUCGCUUUUUAUUAGGCCUGGCUCUGUUGGAGUAGACGCGCAGACAACUUUUGCAAAUGAGACUGCAGUGCCCAGUGUGCCAGAAGCAGUGCAAGCACUACAAGAGAAUUUAAACACAUCCAAUGACUUAAAUAUUACACUCUCAAGUCUUCAAGCUGCAAUAAACUCAAGUGGACUUACUGACAAUUUCCAAUCGACUGAAGCCCCUGCUACAUUCACAACAUCAGUUGAAACAACUGAAACUUCAACAUCAUUAACAGUUCCUGUGGAGACUACAGCACCAGAAACAACCUUUGUAGAAUCACCAACUAGUACCAAUGUAGCUUCAACAUCAACUACAGAACAAGUUACAACCCUGCUAACAACCACCACAAGUGAGGCAACAACUACACAUGAAGUUGAUACAAGUUCUGAACCUACAACUGAUUUAUCACCAACAACUCUAUUUGAGACUUCAUUACAACAGACCUCCACUGUAGAAUCCACAAGUACCACUACAAUCACCUCAACUGAAGCAACAACUUCAACCACAGAACAAGUGGCAACCUUGGAGACAACAACCUCAACUGAUGCAACAACUACAAGUCAAGUGGUCACAAGCACAGAACUAACUACAACUGAAUUAACAACACCUUUUGAGGCUACAGUCCAAGAAACAACCACUGUAGAAUCCACAACAAGCACCACGGAAGCUCCAACAUCAACAACAGAACAAGUGACAACCUUGCAGACAACCACCUCAACUGAUGCGACAACUACAAGUCAAGUGGUCACAAGCACAGAACCAACUACAACUGAAUUAACAACACCUUUUGAGACUACAGUCCAGGAAACAACACUAGUAGAAUCCACAACAAGCACCACUGAAGCUCCAACAUCAACUACAGAACAAGUGACAACCUUGGAGACAACCACCUCAACUGAAGCAACAACUACAAGUCAAGUGGUCACAAGCACAGAACCAACUACAACUGAAUUAACAACACCUUUUGAGACUACAGUCCAGGAAACAACACUAGUAGAAUCCACAACAAGCACCACUGAAGCUCCAACAUCAACUACAGAACAAGUGACAACCUUGGAGACAACCACCUCAACUGAAGCAACAACUACAAGUCAAGUGGUCACAAGCACAGAACCAACUACAACUGAAUCAACAACACCUUUUGAGACUACAGUCCAAGAAACAACCACUGUAGAAUCCACAACAAGCACCACUGAAGCUCCAACAUCAACUACAGAACAAGUGACAACCUUGGAGACAACCACCUCAACUGAAGCAACAACUACAAGUCAAGUGGUCACAAGCACAGAACCAAGUACAACUGAAUUAACAACACCUUUUGAGACUACAGUCCAAGAAACAACCACUGUAGAAUCCACAACAACCACCACUGAAGCUCCAACAUCAACCACAGAACAAGUGACAACCUUGGAGACAACCACAUCAACUGAAGCAACAACUACAAGUCAAGUGGUCACAAGCACAGAACCAACUACAACUGAAUUAACAACACCUUUUGAGACUACAGUCCAAGAAACAACCACUGUACAAUCCACAACAACCACCACUGAAGCUCCAACAUCUACUACAGAACAAGUGACAACCUUGGAGACAACCACCUCAACUGAAGCAACAACUACAAGUCAAGUGGUCACAAGCACAGAACCAAGUACAACUGAAUUAACAACACCUUUUGAGACUACAGUCCAAGAAACAACCACUGUAGAAUCCACAACAACCACCACUGAAGAUCCAACAUCAACCACAGAACAAGUGACAACCUUGGAGACAACCACAUCAACUGAAGCAACAACUACAAGUCAAGUGGUCACAAGCACAGAACCAACUACAACUGAAUUAACAACACCUUUUGAGACUACAGUCCAAGAAACAACCACUGUAGAAUCCACAACAACCACCACUGAAGCUCCAACAUCUACUACAGAACAAGUGACAACCUUGGAGACAACCACCUCAACUGAAGCAACAACUACAAGUCAAGUUGUAACAAGCACAGAACCAACUACAACUGAAUCAACAACACCUUUUGAGACUGCAGUCCAAGAAAUAACCACUGUAGAAUCCACAACAAGCACCACUGAAGCUCCAACAUCAACUACAGAACAAGUGACAACCUUGGAGACAACCACCUCAACUGAAGCAACAACUACAAGUCAAGUGGUCACAAGCACAGAACCAAGUACAACUGAAUCAACAACACCUUUUGAGACUACAGUCCAAGAAACAACCACUGUAGAAUCCACAACAAGCACCACUGAAGCUCCAACAUCAACCACAGAACAAGUGACAACCUUGGAGACAUCCACAUCAACUGAAGCAACAACUACAAGUCAAGUCGUCACAAGCACAGAACCAACUACAACUGAAGUAACAACACCCUUUGAGACUACGGUCCAAGAAAUAACCACUGUAGUAUCCACAACAAGCACCACUGAAGCUCCAACAUCAACUACAGAACAAGUAACAACCUUGGAGACAACUACCUCAACUGAAGCAACAACUACAAGUCAAGUGGUCACAAGCACAGAACCAACUACAACUGAAUUAACAACACCUUUUGAGACUGCAGUCCAAGAAAUAACCACUGUAGAAUCCACAACAAGCACCACUGAAGCUCCAACAUCAACUACAGAACAAGUGACAACCUUGGAGACAACCACCUCAACUGAAGCAACAACUACAAGUCAAGUGCUCACAAGCACAGAACCAAGUACAACUGAAUCAACAACACCUUUUGAGACUGCAGUCCAAGAAAUAACCACUGUAGAAUCCACAACAACCACCACUGAAGCUCCAACAUCAACCACAGAACAAGUGACAACCUUGGAGACAACCACAUCAACUGAUGCAACAACUACAAGUCAAGUGGUCACAAGCACAGAACCAACUACAACUGAAUUAACAACACCUUUUGAGACUACAGUCCAAGAAACAACCACUGUAGAAUCCACAACAACCACCACUGAAGCUCCAACAUCUACUACAGAACAAGUGACAACCUUGGAGACAACCACCUCAACUGAAGCAACAACUACAAGUCAAGUUGUAACAAGCACAGAACCAACUACAACUGAAUCAACAACACCUUUUGAGACUGCAGUCCAAGAAAUAACCACUGUAGAAUCCACAACAAGCACCACUGAAGCUCCAACAUCAACUACAGAACAAGUGACAACCUUGGAGACAACCACCUCAACUGAAGCAACAACUACAAGUCAAGUGGUCACAAGCACAGAACCAAGUACAACUGAAUUAACAACACCUUUUGAGACUACAGUCCAAGAAACAACCAUUGUAGAAUCCACAACAACCACCACUGAAGCUCCAACAUCAACCACAGAACAAGUGACAACCUUGGAGACAACCACAUCAACUGAAGCAACAACUACAAGUCAAGUGGUCACAAGCACAGAACCAACUACAACUGAAUUAACAACACCUUUUGAGACUACAGUCCAAGAAACAACCACUGUAGAAUCCACAACAACCACCACUGAAGCUCCAACAUCUACUACAGAACAAGUGACAACCUUGGAGACAACCACCUCAACUGAAGCAACAACUACAAGUCAAGUUGUAACAAGCACAGAACCAACUACAACUGAAUUAACAACACCUUUUGAGACUGCAGUCCAAGAAAUAACCACUGUAGAAUCCACAACAAGCACCACUGAAGCUCCAACAUCAACUACAGAACAAGUGACAACCUUGGAGACAACCACCUCAACUGAAGCAACAACUACAAGUCAAGUGCUCACAAGCACAGAACCAAGUACAACUGAAUUAACAACACAUUUUGAGACUUCAGUCCAAGAAACAACCACUGUAGAAUCCACAACAACCACCACUGAAGCUCCAACAUCAACUACAGAACAAGUGACAACCUUGGAGGCAACCACUUCAACUGAUGCAACAACUACAAGUCAAGUGGUCACAAGCACAGAACCAACUACAACUGAAUUAACAACACCCUUUGAGACCACAGUCCAAAAAACAUCCAUGGCAGAAUCCACAACAAGCACCACUGAAACUCCAACUACAAGUAAAGUUUUCACAAGCACAGAACCAACUUCAGUUGCAGCAAUGACUGUAGAAACUACAACAGCAAAGGCUAAUGGGUACCUUUAUCUACGGUUCAAGAUGAAUCGGGAUUUCAUUUCAGCAUAUACUGUUAAAACCUCACCUGAAUACCAGUCACUGGAAAGCAGUGUGAUAGCAGAGGUGACCAGAGCAUUCAAACUCAAAUACCCCCUAACAUACCUAAGAUGUCUGAUAAUUACUUUCUGGCCUGGCUCUGUUGGAGCAGAUGCACAGACAACUUUUGUAAAUGAGAGUGUGGUGCCCAGUGUUCCAGAAGCAGUGCAAGCGCUACAAGAGAGUUUAAACACAUCCAAUAACUUAAAUAUUACGCUCUCCAGUCUACAAGCUGCCUCAAACGUAACAGAACUUACCAAUGAUUUCCAAACAACUGAAGCACCUACUGCAUAUACAACAUCAUUUGAGACCACUGAAACCUCAGCAUCAACAGUUCCUACUGAGACUACAGUGCAGGAAACAACAACAACUGUAGAAUACACAACAACCACUGAAUCUCCAACGUCAACUACAGAACAAGUAACAACCCUGCUUACAACCACCUCAACUGAUGCAACAACAACUGAAUACAUCACAAGUCCUGAACCUACAACUGAAUCAUCAACAUCAACAGCUCAAACUGAGACUACAGUGCAAGAAACAACUACAGUACAAACCAGUACAAGCACUGAACCUCCAACAUCAACUACAGAACAAGUAACAACCCUGCUUACAACCACCUCAACUGAUGCAACAACAACUGAAGUCAUCACAAGUCCUGAACCUACAACUGAAUCAUCAACAUCAACAGCUCAAACUGAGACUACAGUGCAAGAAACAACUACAGUACAAACCAGUACAAGCACUGAACCUCCAACAUCAACUACAGAACAAGUAACAACCCUGCUUACAACCACCUCAACUGAUGCAACUACAACUGAAUUCAUCACAAGUCCUGAACCAACAACUACAACUGAAUCAUCAACAGCUCAACUUGAGACUACAGUGCUAGAAACAACCACAGUACAAACCAGUACAACCACUGAACCUCCAACAUCAACUACAGAACAAGUAACAACCCUGCUUACAACCACCUCAACUGAUGCAACAACAACUGAAUACAUCACAAGUCCUGAACCAACAACUACAACUGAAUCAUCGACAUCAACAGCUCAACUUGAGACUACAGUGCAAGAAACAACCACAGUGGCAACCAGUACAACCACUGAACCUCCAAUAUCAACUACAGAACAAGUAACAACCCUGCUUACAACCACCUCAACUGAUGCAACAACAACUGAAGUCAUCACAAGCCUUGAACCAACAACUACAACUGAAUCAUCAACAUCAACAGCUCAACUUGAGACUACAGUGCUAGAAACAACCACAGUACAAACCAGUACAAGCACUGAACCUCCAACAUCAACUACAGAACAAAUAACAACCCUGCUUACAACCACCUCAACUGAUGCAACUACAACUGAAGUCAUCACAAGUCCUGAACCAACAACUACAACUGAAUCAUCAACAUCAACAGCUCAACUUGAGACUACAGUGCUAGAAACAAUCACAGUACAAACCAGUACAAGCACUGAACCUCCAACAUCAACUACAGAACAAAUAACAACCCUGCUUACAACCACCUCACCUGAUGCAACUACAACUGAAGUCAUCACAAGUCCUGAACCAACAACUACAACUGAAUCAUCGACAUCAACAGCUCAACUUGAGACUACAGUUCUAGAAACAACCACAGUACAAACCAGUACAACCACUGAAGCUCCAACAUCAACUACAGAACAAGUAACAACCCUGCUUACAACCACCUCAACUGAUGCAACAACAACUGAAUACAUCACAAGUCCUGAACCAACAACUACAACUGAAUCAUCGACAUCAACAGCUCAACUUGAGACUACAGUGCAAGAAACAACCACAGUGGCAACCAGUACAACCACUGAACCUCCAAUAUCAACUACAGAACAAGUAACAAUCCUGCUUACAACCACCUCAACUGAAGCAACAACAACUGAAUACAUCACAAGUCCUGAACCAACAACUACAACUGAAUCACCAACAUCAACAGCUCAACUUGAGACUACAGUGCUAGAAACAAUCACAGUACAAACCAGUACAAGCACUGAACCUCCAACAUCAACUACAGAACAAAUAACAACCCUGCUUACAACCACCUCAACUGAUGCAACUACAACUGAAGUCAUCACAAGUCCUGAACCAACAACUACAACUGAAUCAUCUACAUCAACAGCUCAACUUGAGACUACAGUUCUAGAAACAACCACAGUACAAACCAGUACAACCACUGAAGCUCCAACAUCAACUACAGAACAAGUAACAACCCUGCUUACAACCACCUCAAUUGAUGCAACAACAACUGAAUACAUCACAAGUCCUGAACCAACAACUACAACUGAAUCAUCGACAUCAACAGCUCAACUUGAGACUACAGUGCAAGAAACAACCACAGUACAAACCAGUACAACCACUGAACCUCCAACAUCAACUACAGAACAAGUAACAACCCUGCUUACAACCACCUCAACUGAUGCAACAACAACUGAAGUCAUAACAAGUCCUGACCCAACAACUACAACUGAAUCAUCGACAUCAACAGCUCAACUUGAGACUACAGUGCAAGAAACAACCACAGUACAAACCAGUACAACCACUGAACCUCCAACAUCAACUACAGAACAAGCAACAAUUCUGCUUACAACCACCUCAACUGAUGCAACAACAACUGAAUACAUCACAAGUCCUGAACCAACAACUACAACUGAAUCAUCGACAUCAACAGCUCAACUUGAGACUACAGUGCUAGAAACAACCACAGUACAAACCAGUACAACCACUGAACCUCCAACAUCAACUACAGAACAACUCAACUUGAGACUACAGUGCUAG